AUAAACAAAUCUCUSAAAGGUAUCACUGACGACCCUAUUCUUCCUACGAAAAGAUGUAUGCAGUUUCAGUUUUGCUUCUGGCAGUUAUUGGUUCUACUUCGGGUGCAACUAAUCAAGAACAAAAUGGAAUUCAACAAKCGGUCGUCUUGGAAAUAUACACCAAAAAUAUAACCGAGUUUUUGGCGAUAAAGCGUAUAUUUUCUGAAGUCAUACUCAACGAAGUUUUCAAAGUUUGCCAGGAAAAUAUUAACAAAUGUAAACCAGUGUACUCAACAAAUAGGAGUGAAUAUGCCUUAACCAUAGUGGUGGGUUAUCCUAAAGUACUAACUGGUAUAACAGAUGGUAUAAUUGUUGCCUUCUAUGUGCAUACAACAAAAGUUCAGGAAAGCGUUCUUCCACUUUCGACGCUUCUGGUUAUAAUUAAAGACUCCAGAUCCAUAAUUACAGAAGCUAUUGGCUAUCAAGUUGGAUCCAGUGGGCGCCUGCUACAACUCAAAUCGAACACAGCUCCACCUACUGACAGAAACAAUUAUCACGACGAGACUCUGCUAAUCUUUCUUGGAGUAUUUGUUGGUGUUGCUGUCCUAGCUAUUUUGACCAUCAUCAUUGUAUGCCUACUGGGACAAAGUGCUAAAGAACCGGAGCUUAAAAGAAUCCACAAAUACUGUAAAGGCCAAGUGCGAACAGUUCGCCUUGACGCGAACCCUUCAUCUAAAUACUAAUCAUUUUUCAGAGAAUUAUGGCCGAGAGGGUACCCUGGGAACCAGAGGCUGGAUU